CGUUCUGGUUUUCCCUAGCAGACAGCAAAUAUUGCAGGAAUGGAAUCGGAAUGACAUCAAUGUGGUGAAGCCUAGCUACCUUGACUUGACAGAUGGGGGUUAACAAGUGAAAACAAGAUUUCUAAUUUUAAUUCUUUUGGUUUGAGAGAACCGUAAGUCUUGCGACCAAGUAGAUAGUUUUACUAAUGAUCUGAACAUGGAUACCAGUCAUUUUAAAUAUUUGCUUGCGUUGUUUUUAAUAGUUUUUGUUGAAUAUUCUAUUACAUCUAAUAUUUCACCUGACAGUAAACGAUUGUAUCACGAUAUCGCAUCUGGUCGUGGAUUGUACCAUGGUUUUAAUGAAAUAACUGAAUUGGGUGGUAGUAAUUUUAAGAAAAUUGUUUAUAAUGAAGAAAAAGAAAAACUUUGGGUGGUUGAAUUUUACAACAGUUGGUGUGGACAUUGUCACAGAUUUGCUCCAACAUGGAAAGCUUUAGCAGUAGAUAUUUAUGACUGGGGCGACUCGGUAAAGAUUGGAGCCGUUGAUUGUGCCAAUGACGCCAACAAUCAGCUGUGUCGAGAUUUGGAGGUCAUGUAUUACCCGAUGAUCAAGAUCUUCCCUCCACACUCUAAUGAAAGCUUCCUGGGCGAGGCGUUUGAAAAGGGAAAGAUCAACGAAAUGAGGGACAGGAUUGUUACAAAGCUGAAAAGCCACCACAACAACCACUCACCUGAAGAAAGAAAGAAUUUAAACUUGAAACCUCUGACAGCGACAAAAUUAGAUGAAAAUUUAUGGAAAGAAACCCCAUCAGAAGUAAAAUAUCUCGUGCUAGUGUUUGAAGCUGAAGACUCAGUGGUAGGGCCGACGUUGGCAUUGGACAUUUCUGCGGUUGCUCAAGAAGUAACAACAAGAGUGGUAGAUUACAGUAAUGAACAUCUCGCUCGAGAACUGAACGUAGACCAAGGCGCUAACACUGUUGUUGUUAUACACAGGGAUUUGACCCAUACGAAAAUAGAAGUGGGGGAGUUCACCCGGAGAGAAGUCAACAAAGCUGUUAGAGGAUUCCUCAGAGAACACGGAGUGGACAUUGCAGCGGAGCUACCUGAAACUCCCACUGUGUUCAGUUCCGACGUAGACUUGAGCGACGUCAUGCACAUCAUGCAAAUGGAGGAGGACAUCAAGAAGAAACUGCAAACGACAGCUCUCUCGUCAGUGGUCUUUCAACUGGACUUGGAGGGAGCUAUUCGGUACUCGUUGAAAAAUGAGAUAUCUCUACACAGAAACAUCAGCGGGGAACAUCUAGACGCUUUGAAAAGCUUUGUGUCGGUGCUCAUCAAGUACUUCCCUUUCGGACAGCAAGGACUCAAGUUUUUGACAGAGUUGAAAAAGAGAGCGCUAGAUGACAAGGUGGAUGUUUCAGGCAAAGAUGUUCGGCAAGUCUUCAUGAAGUUGGAGGAUGAGUUCAAACCGUUUCUUCCUCAUCAAGGAUGGAUCGGCUGUCGAGGUAGUACUCCGGAGUUCAGAGGUUAUCCUUGCAGUCUGUGGACGUUGUUCCAUACACUCUCCGUCCACGAGGAGCUCAAGGAUAGGAACAGCACAGAUGAGAAACCCGAGGUCCUGUCAGCCAUGGCGGGCUACAUCAAGAACUUCUUCAGCUGCAGCGAGUGCUCCGCACAUUUCACUGAGAUGGCAAAGACCAUCGCUGGGAACGUGACGACCCAGCAUGACAUGGUCAUGUGGCUGUGGUCGGCUCACAACAACGUCAACAAUCGUCUCGCAGGCGACGCCACUGAGGACCCUCAGCACAAGAAAGUUCAGUUUCCAAACAAAGAAGCUUGUCCUUCUUGUUACACCAUGGAGGGAUCUUGGAACAAAUCCGAAGUCUUUAACUUCCUUAGUCACAUGUACUCGAAUGUUGUCUACCUACAACCCGAAGAUCUCAGUACGACCACACCUGCUCCUGGAAGCGUGCCGUCCGCGACGCAGUACGAUAAGAACCUCAGGCACGAGAUGUACGGAGACGACAGAGGCUUCAAAAAUCAACGUAUUGACAGUUCUUCCAGAACACUGUGGGGCUUCAACAUCUUUGAUAUUAGCUUAUGUGUAUUGUUGUAUAUUUGUUCUGUAGCCAUUUUAAUUUUAGUCUGCAUCAAGUUUGUUUUCAAAAGAUCUUACAGAAAGAAGCAUUACAUCCAUGAUAUUUUGAGUAAAGUCUGAGAUUUCACUGAAAACUUACCGUUACAUUCCAUGGGCUGCACAAGUAUUGAGUUUGUGUUAUGUUACCCAACUACUGUUUUAUCUAUCAAUUUUAAUAAAAUAUUUAAGCGCAGUGCAGUGUAUGUAAUUUGCCUUUAUAUUAUAAUAGCCAUUGUUAAGUUUUAUAUUUUUCCCUUAACCAACGGUACUUUGAAAUUCUACUAUUUUGUGAAACCUUUUAAAAUCAACUGAGUAGCAAUCAAAAUUUGUAGCAAGUCUUCCUAUCCUUUAAUUUACUAUUUUAAAAGAAUAAACUAUUGUUACUAGGCCUACCUAUCUGAUAUAACUUAAUAAACAAUACAAUAAUCUAACUUGCGGUAAAGCAUGAAGACAAUAGGCAGUCAUUUGAGGGGAAUCAUAAUAGCCUACAUUAGAGUAAAGUCUUCGCAUAGAAAUUUCAAAAGUUUUACGAUACCGUCCAAUGUAAAAUAUCUACUAGAAAAUGUAAACCCAUUAAUAGAAAUAAAUCAUAAAAUCAUAAAUCAUAAAUUAAUAAAUCAUAGAAUGAUCUAAGGGCUAUUUAUUACAAGGCAGCUUCAAAUUACACACACUCAAUAUUUUAAGUUUUGUUAGUUGUUCAAAAUUUAUGACACCCAAUAAAUAAAUGAUGAAACAUUGUCACCAGGGAAUUAAUAUUGAGAACUAUAAUUGUUUAUUAGAGUAUUAGAGUCACUUUAAACAUGUUCAGAUUAAUCAGAAAAUUCUUUGUUGAUUGUUGACCAACAGCUGGAAAUCACCUGUAGGCCUACUUUAGAAUUAGAUAAAAACAUCACAUAUUUUAAAAAAAUUCAAUCUAUCUUGUCUUUCUUCUACGAACAAAUUUAGCGUAUUGUGAAAAAUAUUGUGAAUUUUAUUUAUGUUUAUAAAUUGUUUAUAUUUUAUAUGUUUGGUUAUUUAAACCUAAUUAUACGAAUGUGCAGCAUUUGAAUUCGAGGUUGUGUUGCUUUGUUUUAAUUUUGAUAAAAAUGAAUGACUUUCCUAUUCGAGGAACAGUUACAGAAUUGUGUGCAGUUUUUUGUUUAAAUAUUGUAAUCAAAGUUGUGUCUACUUAAUGAACAAAUAUAAAGAAGUAAUUAUCUAUUUAGCACACCCUUCGUCUAAUCUCUCUAUUUUAUUUAGGUGAAUAGUGUUACCAAUUUGUAUUGUAUCGUACCUGAUCGUGUAAACUAUAACUGUCCAUUCCAAAUUUUGCUAGGAUGAACAAAUGCAUGAAAAAAUCUAAUUUGGCCUGUUCCGAAUUGAGAUUCUAGCAUGGUUUGUAGAUUGUAGAUAUUUUAUUUUAAUAUAAGGAUCUGCCGUAUGUUUUAAUUUAUUGUUAUCAAGUGGUUUGCAGGUUAGUAAGUGUGAUUUUUGUAUUUAUAUAUUUUAUUAAUAAUAAACUAUGGACUAUA